UGCACAUCCCGUUCCACCCGCUCCGACUUCUUCUCACCGCCCUCGAUCUCGCACAUACUGCUCUCUGUCGACCCGGCCGAGCCAAACCCAGUGGUCUAGUCGUUUGGGAUUCCUGUUCCGUCGAACACGGGCGCCCGGCAUCGUCUCUCCCACAGAUGGGGUGCUCCUCCUCUCUUGCAGAUAGAAAUGCUGGAAGGUUGGAUGGUUUGAAUAGUGAAAACUCAAUGGCCACUGAUUCAAAGAACAUUCGUGUUAAGUUGGUAUUGUUGGGUGAUUCUGGUGUUGGUAAAAGCUGCAUAGUCCUUCGGUUUGUUCGUGGCCAAUUUGAUCCUACUUCAAAGGUAACUGUUGGUGCUUCCUUCUUAUCACAAACAUUGGCAUUGGAGGACUCCACAAUAGUGAAGUUUGAAAUAUGGGAUACAGCAGGACAGGAGAGGUAUGCUUCACUGGCCCCUCUUUACUAUCGAGGAGCAGCUGUUGCAGUUGUGGUAUAUGACAUAACAAGUCAAGAAACAUUCAAAAAAGCACAGUACUGGGUCAAGGAACUUCAAAAGCAUGCAAGUCCUGGCAUCAUCAUGGCCUUGGUGGGUAAUAAGGCUGAUUUGCAUGAAAAAAGGGCUGUAUCAUCCCAGGAUGCUAUGGAAUAUGCAGAGAAAAAUGGUAUGUUCUUCAUCGAGACAUCAGCAAAGACAGCUAACAACAUCAAUCAACUCUUUCAGGAGAUUGCAAAGAGGCUUCCUCGGACAUCUUCCUAACUAUCGUGUCUGGAGAUUGAUUCUUCCUUGUUCUGACUCACCUGACAUUCCUAAUUACUGUGUAAAAUCAUAGUAUAUGAUUAUACCUGUGUAGUAGUACUCGUGUCUUUUGUUCUUCUGCUGCCUGACACAUCGUUUACAACUAAUGGCACACCAAAUUGGGUUACAGUAUCCCCAUCCAUUAGUGACAUUUGCGUCAAUAAAAAAAAUUAGCUAUUAAUUUAGUUUA